ACAAGCUAGCUCUCAUAUAUAAGUUAACAUUCAUCCAUCCAUCCACACAGCGUAUGCUCUCACGGCCACACUUGCAUUCGGCCACAAGCCAUGGCCACAUGGCCACUCACGUAUGGACACACACCCAUACGGCCGCAAGCUCCAAUCAGGGCCACUAGUGCCAAGUGCACCACGCCAUACACUCUUGUGCUCACAUAUCUAUACAGAUACGAGGUCAGAUGCCCAUGACACUGUCCUCAGAUACAGCUCCAGAAAUAACUUUGUACUGCCAGACAUAUAUACUGCAUACAUAUUCAGACAUGCAGCAGUAGGAGUAGUAUCUCUCCGGAGAGCUUUGAAGCUGGGUAAAUCACCGUGUGCUAUUUGUGCAAUCCCGUCCCCGGAUCUCCGAAGCAGUCUUACCCUCGCCACAAGCCACCUCGUGGCAUCUGUCGUCUCGCUAACCCGCCCGCGAGAUAACCCCGACAGUUGGCGCCCACCAUGGGGGCACUAUGCUACCAAGCUGCCGCGGAACCAUGGUCCGGGCGAGACCAUUUUCUUCAUCAUCGGCGGCGGCGCCAUCGUCUCUCCGGUAGCGCUCGGGGCUCGACAUCAACACGUCCCGGAGCGACCGCGCGAGGCGGCACGCCCUCGUCGUCAGCAUCGCCUUCUUCGUCAUCACCACCGCGGCGUCGACGCCAUCUCUCCGGCGUCGGUCAAGGGCUCGACAUCAGCCCGCCCCCAGCGCGUCGUCGUCGUCCGCCUUCGGUCCGCGCGCUUGCCGCUCCGGCCCUUGCUCCGCACAACCUCCGUACAAUGGCCGUAUUCUUCCCAGACUAUGGUCACACUCGUCUCAGACAAUGGCCAUACAAUGCAUGUACGCUGGCCCUGCUUGUGCACUAGCCAUAUCGAGGCUUGCUCGGUGCCCACGCCGCCAGCAAUCCCAAGAGCUCUGCCUCCCUUUGCCUCGCUUCCACCCAUGCCUCCCUAUUCUGCUCGCAAGUGCCUCCGGCUCCGGGCACAGGCACCCGUGGACACAGCAGCCAUGGCUGCAGCCGCCAACAAGCUGCUGCCUCUGACGGGCCGCUCCCGUACUCCUACGCCCCGCGAGCGCCUCCACCCCGCUCGGGCCACCGCUCCCAGCGGCCUCUACGCAUCCGCGCCCUCCUCAUCACCGGAGGCCUGCGCCUCACCGACCACCGACGCCGGCUCGUGUUGGGGGCCUUCCGUCGCCUCACGCCGCCACGACCCCCCGUCCCCGCGCCCCCACGCGCGCGGCCACGCCUCCCCAUGGCCUCUGCCUGGCCCGAGCGCCUCCACCUCCAACAUCGCGUCGCGACUGUCCAACCACGCGCCCGAGCCGGCUCCGCCUCGCAACCGGCUUCCUCCACAUCACCACCCCGUGCUCGGCCGGGUCCGGCUCCCCGCGUCGACCCGGCCGCUCCACGCCGGGUCCGGCUCCCACGCCGCCCCUCGGCUGCCACGCCCCUCGCCGCAUCGCCCGCAGGCCGGCUCGCCAGCCGGGUCCGCCUCCGUUCGUGGUCGGGUGCUCUGCUCCCGCCGGGUCGUGCUGCCAUUCACCACUAUCGCUCCGCCUCGACCCCGGCCGUCAUCUCCGCCGGUCUGCGCCGGCUCCCCGCGUCGGUCGGCCUCCCGGCUCCAGCCGGCCUCCUGCGCUGGCCGGCUUCGCCAGCGACCCGGCCUGCCAGCUCCCCCGCAACCCGGACGCCGGCAUCUGGCGCGACCCGGCCGUUGGCUUCCGCCGCCUCCUGCUCCUACCGGCUCGUGAGGCACAUAACAAAAAGAAUAGAGAGAAGAAGAGUCAAGCCGUGGCUGAAAAAAAAGAAAAAAAAAAGAGAGAGAAAAAAAAAGAUGCGUCCGGCUACUGCAGCCGCGACCUACCCGCGUCAUCGUCUGGCCGCCCAGUCCGCCUGCCGGCUUCGACGCCAGGCCGACUGGGGGCCUGACCCGUUCGCUCAUCUGCCUCGACGCCGACUGCGCAAGCCGGCCCAGCCGUCAGUCCGCUUCGACUCCCGUUCGGUCGGACCCGACCGGCUGGGACCCCCCUUCGAGCACCUGCAGGCUCGAAGGCUACCCUCAAUGGAUGUGUCGGCGUGCUAGUUCCAAGCCGCGCCGGCUGUCAUCGACAACCUUCAUCCCGUCUACACGAAACUCAAUGAACCCCCUCCUCGCCCGGAGACUCGGAGGCUACACGCGGGUUGCGGGCCCGACGCCGGCCUCAACCGGCGUUUCCAUCGCAGUUGUCCACAUCAUCAACAGCAAGAACCUCCGGCCGACUCUUCGAGUCGCCUGGAGGCUCGGAGGCUACACCUAGUGGGUGCGCUCGCGCGCCGCCACUCAGCCGGCGGAUUCCGCGCCUGCGUCCGGCAGGGCCUGCGCCCUCUAGCCGGUGGACUCUGCGUCCGCGCCCGGCAACCUCGACGUCAUCGUCGGCUUCUUCAACAACGGCAAGACCCUCCGCGCAACUUCUCCAAGUUGCCCGGAGGCUCGGAGGCUACACCCAGUGGGUGCGCUCGCGCGCCCCCACUCAGUCGGCGGACUCCGCGUCUGCGUCCGGCAGGGCCUCGCGCCCCGACUCAGCAGGCGGACUCCGCGUCCGUGUCCGGCAGGCGUCCGCGCCCAUCAGCCGGCGGACUCCGUGUCCGCACCCGACGCCUUCGACGUCACCGUAGGCUUCAUCAUCAACAACAAGACCCUCCGCGCAACUUUUCCAAGUUGCCCGGAGGCUCGGAGGCUACACCCAGUGGGCGCGCUCGUGUGCCCCCACCCGGAACACGCCGCGCCUGUUGCACGCCCGCCGCCGGCUACAACCGGCAUCUUCGACGCAAUCUACUACAUCGACACUCGCUAAUACCCUCCGCGCAACUUUUCCAAGUUGCCCGGAGGCUCGGAGGCUACUGUCGGGGGGAUGACCCCGGGUAGGCCCAAGACGGCGAACGACGCUUCAGAAACAUCGGGGCCAGCAACGCCCCUCAAUCCGGGUCGCACUUGGCCGGGUUGCUCAACCCGGCCAAGUCCCUCAACCCGGCCGGACUCCUCAGCCCGGCCGCCCGGCCGGGUCCCAAUCCGGCUGCAACCCGGCCUGCUACACGAAGUCAACCGCCGCAUCGACCAGACACCGACAAGACGGCUAUACUACGACCAUUGUUGCUGAUAAAGCAUACACUGUUCGCUCGUUACACGCAGCACCAUCUACAGUGUACUUUGUCCCCCGGACAUUGAUUUAUAAAAUGUCCUAAAGACAAAACUUAGCCUAGCUCUCAAACUACACAUAGCUAGGGAUGUAAGCUACACUAGCUUACAUCUCAAGCACACACCCAUGUCCACCUAGCCUACAUCACAAGCUAGCUCUCAUAUAUAGGUCAACAUCCAUCCAUCCAUCCACACACGUAUGCUCUCACGGCCACACUUCCAUUCGGCCACAAGCCAUGGCCACAAGGCCACUGACGUAUGGACACACACCCAUACGACCGCAAGCACCACUCACGACCACUAGUGCCAAGUGCACCACGCCACACACUCUUGUGCUCACAUAUUUACACAGAUACGAGGCCAGAUGCUCAUGGCACUACCUCAGAUACAGCUCCAGGAGCAACUUUGUACUGCCAGACAUAUACACUGCAUAUAUAUUUAGA